AUGGAUUCAGACAAUUCAGAUAAUUACGAUCAGGAAUUUUGGGAGUUGGUUGAAGAAGAAUUUAUGGACGGCAGUGAUGAAGAACAACAGCUUCAGAAUGAACUUCAAUCUGUAAGUUCCUCUAGGCCAAAGAGAAGAACAACGGUAGAUCGAGGUCGUGAAGAAGGGCAUAAUCGAUUGUUCAAUGACUACUUCUCGAAAAAUCCAGUAUACACAGAUGUUCAAUUUCGAAGAAGGUUCAGAAUGCAUAGGCAUGUAUUUCUUAGAAUUGUAGAUGCCCUUGGAAAUCAUGAUGAAUAUUUCCAAAUGAGGGUCAAUGCAACUGGUAUGUUGGGUUCCAUUAAUUGUAUGCACUGGGAAUGGAAAAAUUGUCCUAUUGCAUGGAAAGGACAGUUUUGUCGAGGUGAUCAUGGUAAGCCCACAAUCAAGCUUGAAGCAGUGGCAUCACAAGACUUAUGGAUUUGGCAUGCUUUUUUUGGUAUUGGAGGUUCAAACAAUGACAUUAAUGUGAUAAAUCAAUCCAACGUGUUUAACGAUAUUUUAGAAGGACAUGCUCCCAAUGUGCAAUAUACAGUCAAUGGGGCACCAUAUAAUAUGGGGUAUUAUUUAGAAGAUGGUAUAUAUCCUGAGUGGCCUACAUUUGUCAAGACCAUUUCAAUGCCACGGGGAGAAAAGAAAAAGUUAUUUGCUCAACAUCAAGAAUCAGCUAUAAAAGAUGUGGAGCGGGCAUUUGGAGUGCUUCAAUCUCGAUUUGCAAUUCUACGUGGCCCAGCACGUGUCUGGCACAUGGACACCCUUAAGCAUACCAUAUAUACCUGCAUCAUAUUGCACAACAUGAUUGUGGAAGACGAACGACAUACAUAUGUAGGUAAUUUUGAUUACUCUUAUGAUAAUGUGGAUGACAACAACUCAACAACUGAAACAUUUAGUGGUCCUCAUUCGAAUCUUGCAACAAAACUACAAAGAAGAGCAAGUAUUUGA